CCUGUGUGGAAAGUUUGAGAGCAUUAUACCAAAUACUAUAGAGGUUCUGAAGGGAUCCUGUGUGACAAUCCCCUGCUCCUUUGACGUAGAUGAUCAAUAUAAUGUCAACUUAGAUAACACAUGUAAAGCAUUAUGGAAAGAAAGUACUAAUGGACCUGCUGUGUUUGAUAGCAGUAAUCCACAACAGAAAGGACAAUUGAUUGGUGACCUAACAAAAAAAGACUGCACCACAACCCUGAAUGACAUGCAAAACAACAAACUGUAUUUUGUUAGAUUGGAAUGUGGCAUUCUGAAAUACAAUUUUGAUGGCGUGACCAUUUCAGUCACAGAUGAUCCACCCAGACCGACUCUGACUCCGCCCACACUGAAGGUGAAGGAGGGAACCUCAGUGAGUUUGAAUUGCUCUGCUCCAGCUCCCUGUCUGUCUCUUCCUCCAAAUCUGACAUGGAGCCCCGGCCUGGGUGAAGGUCAGGAGACCCUGCAGGAGAAUCAGGACAAAACUAAAGUCAAGAUCUCUGUGCUGAACUUCAACGCAUCACACCUCCAUCACGGACAGGAAAUCUCCUGUACUGCUGUCUACAGAAAACAAGAUGGCAGCACUGAGUCAUCUGUGAAAACCAGUUUAACAGCUGACAUUACAUAUGCUCCACAGAUCAUGUCCUCAUCUGAUUGCACCAAAACUGCAAACCAGGUCAACUGUUCCUGUGAGUCUACGGGAAAUCCUCCUCCCACUUUACAAUGGAGUUUGGAUGGGUUAGCUGUCAAUCACUCAGAAGAGUUUGCAGUCAGUUAUGGCACAGGCGGGAGCUUCAUCACCAUGAGUCAAGCCCAAUGGAAGGAUCACUUCACUGUACUUUGUCGCAGUUCAAACUCUCUGGGAUCUGCUUCUCAGCGAUUUCUUUUCUACAGCCUUCCACCAUCUGCAGAAAGUCAAGAUAGUGUGAUUUCGCCAGUCUUCAUCGCCACCAUUGUCGCCUUCCUAGUGGUAAUAUGUGCACUACUAGUGCUAGUAUGUGCUCUACUCUUUGUUAUCAGGGCUCAGAGGACUCAACACAACCUGCUUAAGAGUCAGGGGUCAGGUAACGCCAGCACAGUUGCUAUGAGCCAACUUCUACCAAGUGGAGAAGGAAAUGAGGAACCCAACAAAACAGAUGAGGACAUUUAUGUCAACACCUAUGAGCUGAAGAAACCAGGUGUUACCCAACCUGCAACUACCUCUGAGCCAAUCAGCACCAACUUCCCAAGCUCAAGCCGAAACAACACAGAAGAUGCCAGUACAAGUUCAGAGAAGAAAAACGAGGAAAGCAAAGAUGUGAUUUACACUAGUGUGACUUGGAGGAGCAAAGGCGAGAAGGAGGGAGGAAGCUCUGGGGACACAAAUCAGUCAGGUCGCUCCUAUCUGGAGGAGAAGCGCUUAGAGGGAGCAUUGAAUUUUGUGAGCAAUGCAGUAGAGAUGUUAAAUCUAUACGACGAAGUGAAGCCUAGAAAUGUGAAGAAGGACUCUGAAUGUGAAUAUGCCCGGGUUAAAUUUAGAGAAAAGAGUGUGAUGCAGACAUAGCUUACAGUUCAGUCAGGACCACUUUGUCAAGAAAAUGUACUUCAUUGCAAUUAUUUAUAUUCGGCGGUAUGGCUCUGUUUUGGGAUCUCCCUGACCUUCCACGUUCUUAAGUUGAAUGCAUACAAGGAAAACUUUAGGCAGAGAUAAGCAGCAAAGCCAAACAGAGCAGGCAUCAAUGACAAGCAUGACAUUGAUUGAUGCAAGUCAUUGCAGCAUAAAAGGAGGAGCUGGGGUGGAGGAGGGCUGCAAAUGUGGCUUGCAGAGGGAGCAGCAAAGAGUAGGCAGGCUAGAGCAGUUUAAAUAAGCGGCAUAAGAACUUUUGGCUAAUAGAAUGCUUUGAAGCAAAUCAGCUUGAGGCUUGUGUGAGAUCAGCUGUUACCGAAACUCUGGCAUGAUAGUCGAGCGUGACUCCAUUCCCUGCCUGAAACUAAAACGAAGAAACAUAGUGACUUCAGUUCUCUUAUGCUGGCUAGCUGCAGUUAUUUUUUUACAAGUUGUGUCAACACUGAAGGCAUUUCAUCCUCAAUGAAUUUACAGCAACUACUGCAGACCCAUAACCUGCAGGGUGAUGAAGAAUGACUAGUUGUCCUUGGUCUCAAUGCAAGGAAUUAACCAAACUGUGAGCACAAAACAGAGGCACAUUUUAAAUGAAAAUCAAGUUAAAAUCGUCAAUCAAGUUCGGUGUGGAAAAAACAUCUAAGAUUUUAUUUGAAGGCCAUAUAUUUUUUUAAUGGAAAAUAAACAAGAAAAAAGAAAAUAUACAUUCAAGAGAGCAAAACAAUAUCAAAAGUUCUUAAAUCAGCAAUAGAAAUUCAGUGUUGCGUUAGUUCAGGCAGGGAAUCAACACAAUGCUCUAUAUGUCAACCAAAUCAAGUGAAGCUUUUGAAAGCCCCUUAGCAACAUCUUUCAGCUAUCUUCAAAUUGUGUGUCUUCAUACCAUUGCCAAGACUACCACAUAGCAUAUAACACAAGUGUAACAGGAAAUAGGAAAGCAAACCAACAUUCUGCCAGGUACAAAGCCUUGUUAAAAAAGUUAGAAUUUAGAGUGCCUUAAUGUUUAUGUUCUUUAAGCUAGUGACAGGUUUUGUUUAUUAAUGAAUACAAUUAUUCAAAUUUCCACUUUUUUUUAACCAAUAAUAACAAAAAAAAAAGUUAAUUCGGGGUCUCAGUUGUUAAUUUUGUGUGAAUUUAGGAAGAAUAGAUGUUACUAAGGAAAUGACUAAUGAGGAGCUUGUGUAAAUAAAUAAAUAAAUGUCCCAGUAACCAAG